CACACCCGCCCGGUCCCCCGGGAGACGAGCCGUCGGACCGGGGGCCCCACACACGGGCAGAGCUGCGGCCACCGGCGGCGGGGGAGCCGGAGGCCAAGGCCAGGAGCCCCAGCAGCCCCCAGGAGGCCCCGGCGGCCAUCUCCCCUCCCUGUCCGUCCCCACCGGUUCCCUGCGGAGGUCUGUCAGCCGAGGCUGGACCGGCGAACAGGGGGGCCAGAGCCCAGGAAGAGCCCCCGGCAUUUGGGCCGAGGCUGGCCAGCUGUCCGAGCUCCAGGACCACUCUGUCCGAGGGCCAGAAAAGCAGCCACAACCACCGGAUGGCAGAAGUCAGGAACUCCCAUGCCUGAGGAUCUGUCCCUCCGGGCCCCUGGAGAGAGACACCCACCUCUCCGCAGGGCAGGAGGGAGACCGGGCUGUGGGGACAGCCUGGGAUCCUGAACCCCAGUUUCCAUGCCGGAAGACCAGGUGGGGACUCCUGUUGUGCUGUCCAGACUGGGGCAGACACGCCCCUGGUGCCCUGAGCUCCAAGAGGUUACUGCGGGAAAAAAAGGGUUGAGGACUCCCUACGGGGGCUGGGUGACUCCCACCAUGAAACCCACCUCUUUCAUCCUGGGGCCUCCGGAAGGCCCAGCGCCAAGCCCUGACACACCUGAGCAUUUCCUGUCAGCCAACGUCCUGUCUGGAGUGGAAAGAUGUAUGAGCUCCAUGCAGGCGGGCACUCAGCUGGUGAAGCUGCGGGGCGGCUCCAAGGGCCUGGUUCGCUUCUACUACCUGGACGAACACAAGUCCUGCAUCCGCUGGAGGCCGUCACGGAAGAACGAGAAGGCAAAAAUCUCCAUCGAUUCCCUCCAGGAAGUGUGUGAGGGGAAACAGUCAGAGAUCUUCCAGCGCUAUGGCGAUGGGGGCUUCGACCCCAACUGCUGCUUCAGCAUCUACUAUGGGGACCACAUGGAGUCCCUGGACCUGGUCUCCUCUAGCAGCGAGGAGGCUCGCACCUGGAUCACGGGGCUCAGGUACCUGAUGGCGGGCAUCAGCGACGAGGACAGUCUGUCCAAGCGCCAGAGGACGAGGGACCAGUGGCUGAAACAGACGUUCGACGAGGCGGACAAGAAUGGGGACGGGAGCCUGAGCAUCAGCGAGGUCCUGCAGUUGAUGCACAAGCUGAAUGUCAACCUUCCGCGCCAGAAGGUCAAGCAGAUGUUCAAGGAAGCUGAUACGGAUGCCAACCAGGGCACACUGGGCUUCGACGAGUUCUGUGCCUUUUACAAGAUGAUGUCCACCCGGCGGGACCUCUACCUGCUGCUGCUCACCUACAGCAACCACAAAGAUCACCUGGACGCUGAAGACCUGAAGCGCUUCCUGGAGGUGGAGCAGAAGAUGACAAAUGUGACAAAGGAAUCGUGCCUGGAGGUGGUCAGCCAGUUCGAGCCGUGCCCGCAGAACCGAAGGAAGGGAGCGCUGGGCAUCGAUGGUUUCACCAACUACACCCGGAGCCCCGCGGGGGACAUCUUCAACCCCGAACAUCGCCAUGUGAACCAGGACAUGACCCUGCCCCUCAGCCACUACUUCAUUACAUCUUCCCACAACACCUACCUCAUGGGGGACCAGCUCAUGUCCCAGUCCCGGGCCGACAUGUAUGCCUGGGUCCUGCAGUCUGGCUGCCGUUGCGUGGAAGUGGACUGUUGGGACGGACCAGACGGAGAACCCAUCGUGCACCACGGCUACACGUUGACCUCCAAGAUCCUGUUCAAGGACGUCAUUGAAACCAUUAAUAAAUACGCCUUCGUCAAGAACGACUAUCCUGUGAUCCUGUCACUGGAGAACCACUGCAGCGUCCUGCAGCAGAAGAAGAUGGCCCAGUACCUCACCGACAUCCUGGGCGAUAAGCUGACCCUGCCAGCCGUAAGCGGCGAGGAUGCCACUCAGCUCCCCUCACCCGAGACCCUGAAGGGGAAGAUUCUCGUCAAGGGGAAAAAGCUUCCGGCCACCAUCAGUGAGGACGCGGAGGAAGGGGACGUUUCAGACGAGGACAGCGCCGAUGAGAUCGAUGAAGACUGCAAGCUGGUGAACGGAGAUGCUUCCACCAAUCGGAAGCGGGUAGAAAACAUCUCCAAGAAGAAGCUUGACUCGCUGAUAAAGGAAUCCAAAAUCCGCGACUGUGAGGACCCCAAUAAUUUUUCCGUUUCCACUCUGCCACCUACUGGGAAACUCGGCCAGAGAUCGGAAGUCAACAAGAAAUGCGGGCCUAUCGCAGACAGAGCUACGAGUAAAACCGAAGACGACCUGGAGUCCGGGGAAGACUCGGGAGCCAGCAAGCGGCCUGCCCGUUCGAUCAUGGGCAGCUUCUCUAAGCGCAAGAAGAAAGCAGGGAAGCUGAAGAAGACAUCGAGCCUGGAAGAAGGCGAGGAAGACCGGGACAGCCAGGGGAGCCAAGCUCGGGGGACGAGCCGGCAGAAGAAGACCAUGAAGCUCUCCCGGGCCCUCUCGGACCUGGUGAAAUACACCAAGUCUGUCGGCAUCCACGACGUGGAAACGGAGAUCUCCUGCAGCUGGCAGGUGUCUUCGUUCAGCGAGACCCGGGCCCACCAGAUCCUGCAGCAGAAACCCGCCCACUACCUCCGCUUCAACCAGCACCAGCUGUCCCGGGUCUACCCGUCUUCCUACCGCGUGGACUCCAGCAACUACAACCCGCAGCCUUUUUGGAAUGCCGGCUGCCAGAUGGUCGCCCUCAACUACCAGUCAGAAGGCAGGAUGCUUCAGCUGAACCGGGCCAAGUUCAAUGCCAACGGGAACUGUGGUUACGUCCUCAAACCCAAGUGCAUGUGUCAAGGCAUCUUCAACCCCAACUCAGAGGAUCCACUGCCGGGGCAGCUGAAGAAGCAGCUGGUGUUGCGGAUUAUCAGCGGGCAGCAGCUUCCCAAGCCUCGGGACUCCAUGCUGGGGGACCGUGGAGAGAUCAUCGAUCCCUUUGUUGAGGUUGAAAUAAUUGGCUUGCCGGUGGACUGCAGUAAGGACCAGACUCGCGUUGUCGACGAUAAUGGCUUCAACCCAAUGUGGGAGGAGACACUGGUGUUCACCGUGCAUAUGCCCGAGAUCGCCUUGGUCCGCUUCCUGGUGUGGGACCACGACCCCAUUGGCCGCGACUUCAUCGGUCAGAGGACGCUCGCCUUUAGCAGUAUGAUGCCAGGCUACCGGCACGUCUACCUGGAGGGGAUGGAAGAGGCGUCCAUCUUUGUUCAUGUAGCAGUCAACGACAUCUGUGGUAAGGCCAAGCAGGCCCUGGGCCUAAAAGGGCUGUUCCUCAGAAAUCCAAAGCAAACCUCUCUCGACAGUCCUGCUGCUGGCCAGCCCCAUCACAGGCGCGCCAUUAACAGCCACCUCCUCCGGCGGACGGCCAGCGCGCCCGCCAAGAGCCAGAAGAAGGACAGGAAAGGGUCCCCAGAGGCCGUCUCGGACGCCAGAGAGCCCAUCGCCGAGGGGCCCGACCACGGCUCCGAUCGGGCCUCGCGCCCACGCUUCGACGCGGACCCCGAGGGCCCGGCUCCCGAGGUCCCCGCCGUGGGGGCCGGCAGAGGGGUCAAAGAUGCCCGCCGCUUCUCCACGCACAAGUCCGUCACCUCCCUGUGCAGCCUGGAGACCAUCACGGAGGAGCCGGCCUCCGCUCAGGACCGGCCGGACCCGCGCCGGCCGGCGCCCCCGCCUCCCGCCGGACACUGGCCGGAGGAAGGCGGACCCCUGCCCGGCCCCGGGGUGGACAGAGCCGGACCUGGGCCGGAGGGCCGGACGGGACCCCCGGCCGCCCCCCGGGAGGAGGAGGAGGAGGAGAGGCCGGCGGCCAGCCUCGCCUCGGGGCCCGGCCGGGGCUGGACCGGCGGGAGGGGCGGCCCGGCGGCUGACCCCCGGCCCGCGGAGGACGGGCGGGCCGCCCAGGCCCGCCGGCCCCUCGCCCCGCAGGUCAGGAGGGCCAAGAGCGAGGGCCAGGUGAGCGGCGACCCCUCGCUGGCCGCCGCCGUCCUCUCCUUGGACGUCACGGGCUGCGACCGCCUCUGGUGCAAGCUGGACCCGGCCAGCCCCCGCGACAGCCUGUCCUCGUCGUCCAGCAUGUCCUCCAACGACACGGUCAUCGACCUGUCGCUGCCCAACCUGGCCCGCCGCAGCCUGCCGUGCCUGGGCCCGGCCCGCGAGCCCCCGGCCGGUCCCCCCGGCCGGAGGGUCCCCCCGCGGCCCCUCUCGGCCCCCUCGGAGGGCCGGCCGGACCCGCCGGCCGUCCCCAAGAGCAGGUCCAACCCCAACCUGCGGGCCGCCGGGCCGCCGCGGAGACCCUCGUGGACCCGCCUUUACCUGCAGGGUCUCCCCGGGGCCUCGUCCCCCUCCGGCCCCUCGGGCCCGCCCCCCGGCCCGCCCAAGUCCAAGAGCCUGGGCGACCUGACGUCGGACGACUUCGCGCCCGGCCCCGGCGGGGUGGGCCGCGGCCUGGGCCGCAGCGUGGGCCGCAGCGGGGCCCCGAGCCCGGCCCGGCGGCAGGACCGGCUGACCGAGCAGCUGCGGAGGCUCACGGCCUUCCAGAGGGCCGGGGACAUCACCUCGCCCACCAGGCUGGACCCGGCCGGGGACGACGAGGUGGAGGAGACGAUGGAGGAGAGGGGGGAGGAGGAGGAGGAGGAGGAGGAGGAGGAAGGGUCAGCGGGGUCAGGACCCCCCUUCCUCCGCCGGUCCUCUUCCCGCAGCCAGAGCCGCGUCCGUGCCAUCGCCCAGCGCGCUCGCCAGGCCCAGGAGCGCCAGCGACGGCGGCAGCGCCUCUGUGGAGGCCGCUCGGCCCUCCUGGAGGAGCGGGGCAACCCGGAGGGGGCUUGCUCCGUGCCCCGGGGGCUCUGCGCCGACCCGGGCCUCGCCGGCCCCUUCGCCUGCCCGCCCAAGGCCCCCCCGGACGACCCCUUCACGUGGAAACUCUGAUGCCCCGGCUCGCUUGGCCGCGGGGACCCAGGCCUGGGCCCCCCGCCCCCCAGAGGAGGGCGAGGGCCACCCCGGGGCAGGAAGGGGGCGUGGGGGCAAGGGGCCGGACCUCUGCUCCGAGCCUCUCCUCGCUCCCGGACUUGAUGUCCAGGGCGCGUUCCCUCGCCCCUUGGUCACCUCUGCGCCUUCCGCUUUAGGACGGAGAUCUCUGGCGGGGGUCGUCCCCCACCCCCUGGGGACUGGGCGGCCGGAGACCCCUUCUGGGCCCGCACGCCAGGAGGGACCCUCCCCCCGACCCCAUGCCCCUCUGAGAGCCGGCCGGACCCCACCGAGAGGCCGAAAAGCUCCAGGCAGGCUCAAAUCUCUCCUCCGGGCUUUCCGAGUGGGGUCUUCCCUCCCGGUAGGUGGGAGGACCUUGGGAUCCCGGCUUCCAAGCCCCCCGACCCGCACCGGGCCUUGCGCUUCUCCCGGAACGGGAUGGUCUGUCGGGACCGGCUCCCGGCCUGGCUCAGCCUCCGGGCGACGAGGGGGCGGGAUAGGGGCGACUUUCCCUGUCCGACCGAGUCCGGCCUCCUUGGGGUCAGUCAACCUUCCCUCCCUCCUUUCCUCCUCCGCACCCUCUACCCCCGGCCCCCGACUUCUCUUUGCACUGCCACUCGAGCUGGCCCGUCCGGAUUUUACCGCUCGGGUGCCGUUUUUAGAUGGACGUCUAUGGAAUGAAUCGCGAUAAUCGAUGCCUGUCCGUUUUAUAAACCUUCGUUUUUAGCCCCCGUGUUCGUCCCUUCCAGGUGUAGCCCACCGAGAUGGGUGGACGCUCUGUUGUAUGUGUGUGUUUUAUUUCAUUGAGGUGGAGAGGGGAUGUUUAUUGAGAUGUCAUAAAAGCCACUGUAGUUUUGGGGUUAUCCCACCCUCCCUUGUAGUCCGUCCCCUCUGGCUGGUUUGGUUUCUCUUUGUAAGACGCCCCCUCCCUCUCCGGAGAUAUUUUAAAGCCUGUUUGUAAACUGUCUAACGCUUCUCCAAUAAAAGUACUCGAAGUUUCAGCGA